AUGUUCCGGGUCUUAUUAUGGACGUUAUGGACGUCAGCAGCUCCAUCGUGUGUUCAGCCUCCAUCACCAUCACAUCCAAAUAUUGUUAUACUUAUGGUUGACGAUAUGGGAUGGGGUGAUGUCGCCUCUUACGGCCAUCCCACACAAGAAUACACUGAAAUAGAUCGAAUGGCUAAAGAAGGUACGAGGUUCACUCAGGCCUAUUCGGCAGACAGUAUGUGCAGUCCGAGCCGAGCCGGUUUCAUGACUGGUCGAUUACCGAUUCGUCUCGGCGUUGUGGGCGGAAGACGAGUAUUCAUGCCGUUUGAUAUCGGAGGUCUACCGAAACAUGAGACGACGAUGGCCGAGAUGCUCAAAGAAGCGGGUAUGUUCGACGUCAGAAAGUAUAAUUAA